AUGGCUGGUGAUGAUUCCUGGGUUUUUGAUUCGUUGGUGUGUUUUCUGCAUGGACCCGUUUGGAAUGCCCCGCUGCAGACAUUUAUUGAAGAGAAAUCGCUGAUUUUCGAUCCCAAUUUACAACCGGACGAAGAGAAUCCCGAGGUCAAGCGUAUCCAUGAGGAUUAUAAAAACCUGGUCGACUAUAUGUUGGGCAGUUUUAUGGAAGAAAUGCAAAUAACACCAGAACAAUUUGAAAUGGCCUGUCUGGAGGGUAGACAACAGCAUAAGGAUAAUCCAUUUCAAUUUCAUCAGGGUUUAUUUCAGCAGAUAUGGGCUGCCAAUGACAUAAAGAUUUUCAUACGCAUGAUGACUCAGCGUAAUGUCGAAUUACAGCUGCAGGCAUUGGAUUUGAUAGAGAAAAAUCAAUUGGCCUUGUUUCAGCAGGGUGAAAGUUUCGAUAGUCCUAGCGAGAGUGGUCGUCAGUCACAGAAUGAAAAAUUCAACGAUGUUGAAAAUUUCAUUGCCAAAUCGGUGGGCAAAGAAAUGCAAACCCCCGAAGCAUCGGUGACACCCGAGCCAGAUGCCACCGAACAAGAUGUUAAUGAGAAAUUUGAGCGGUUAAAUUUAUUCUUUGAGAAAAAUCAGCAGGUAAAUCCCGAUGAAAUGAUAACACGUCAAGAGUACUUGCGUGAGCAACGUGAUAAAAUUAUCGAAUUGAAGAAGAAAACUCGGGCCAAGCAGCUACAAGAAACGGUUGCAAAAUCAUUGAAUACAUCAGUUCCUGGAACGUCUGCAGCUAAGAGUACCCGGCCAUCAUCGGCUCAGGUGGCCCAGAAGCUUUUGGAAAAUGUUUCCAAACCAAAUUCGGUUUUGGAAAAACCUGAAGAAGUGGAAACCGAUUCGGCAUUGCUUUUGAGAAAAACGUUGGCAAAACGUUUGAAGGCUGAAGUUGUGGAACAGAAUUAA